AUGAACUCAGCAAAGAAAGUAGAGACCUUAUAUCCUCUCUGCCUAGAGAAACAGGUUAGGUUGCAAACCAGGCACAUGCAAGGAGUUUUAGCAUGCCAGAAACACUUCCAAGCCCUAGACAUUGACAUCCUUCUUGUUAGAACUCCUAAAUCAGGCACCACUUGGCUCAAGGCUAUUCUGUUUGCCUUGGUGAAAAGGCCGCAAGAUCCAGACCCUCAACAACACCCUCUGAUCACAAACAUCCCUCAUGUUCUGGUGCCCUUCUUGGAGCUGAAUGUAUACACGGAGAAAGAGAGAUCCUAA